AUGGAUGAAGACAGUGGAUCCAACGAUAUCUCACCGAUGAAAAGAAAUCCUCGUGGAAAAUUUAUUGGUUCUCGUCAGAAAUUGAUGAUUGUAAACCUCUACAAGGCUAAAAUGGCGCAGCAAAAAAAUGCAGACGGCCCAAAAUUAAAAUCCAAGGAGAUAAUCAAGAUUAUAUUAGAAGACACUGGCAUAGGGCAAAGGACAGUGAGUGUUACUCUAUCGGAAUACCGAAAUAAAGGUAGUGUAUCAUCACCUAACAAAACCAAAGUCCGACCCACUGUUACGGAAAAAGUUGAUGAUUUUGAUCAAGAUGCCAUUCGGAAAAAAGUCCACGAGUUUUGGCACAGGCGAGAAAUUCCAACUCUAAAGAAAAUUUUAACUGCAGUCAACAAAGAUACAACAUUACCAAAUUUUUCAGAAACAUCAUUACGUAGACUUUUAAAACAUCUUAAUUUUGAGUAUGUUCGAAAAUCUCGUAAUAGCGCUCUUAUCGAGAGAAUCGAUAUUGUAUGUUGGCGUCGAAGGUACUUGCAGGCUAUAAAAGAAUACCGUCAGUUAGGUAGACCCAUCUAUUAUCUGGAUGAGACAUGGGUGAAUGCUGGUGAAACCACUUCGAAAACAUGGGUCGAUAAAACUGUCAAUUCACCACGGGACGCAUUUCAUAGAGGACUAACGACGGGACAAAAGGAACCGUCCGGUAAAGGAAAACGUCUCAUCGUGGUACACUAG